AUGGUUGAAUUAGAGGCUAGGCACGGCGAUCAUCAUUUUGUCAACGUCAAAUAUGGAUACAUAAUAUUUGCAUUAUCACUAGCACAAGUCUUACUACACAUAUUCUUCAAGUUCAUAUUCAUAAAGCGAUGGGAGAAAUCGGGACUCUUUAGCAGUCGCUUAUCGUUCCUUGCAUCGCCCCCAACUUGGUUGCUGAUGACUCUAUGGGUUAUAAUCAUCUUAGCGGUUGCUCAGUAUCACAUCGGCGUCCUUAGCGAAAACUACAUCACGUUGGCAAAGCGGUUGGGAAGAGUCUCGUACAGCUUGGUGCCCUUGAACAUAUAUCUAGUGUUGAGAUUCCCGUAUUCUGCAAACUUAAGCUGCGGAUACUACUUGCAGAGCUUGAAUUUGCACAAGUGGAUGUCGCGAUUGAUUUUCCUUCUUGCGUUGCUCCAUGGGGCUGCCUUUACGUACAAAUGGACUGCCACGGGAACUUUGUCCAAGUUUUUCAAGUUGUGGAAUUUUUUGGGCUUGCUCGUGCUUGUGCCGUUCAUUUUGCUCAUUGUUGUGUCUGUACGAGUCAUGAGGCGGAAAUGGUACUCGGGUUUUUACAUAAUUCACAACAUCACCGCGUGGUUCAUGGUUGUCUUGAUUUCGCUCCAUGCUCGGCCCGGAGUUUUGCCGUUUGCUAUAGUGGCGUUGGCGCUACUUGCCCUCCAGUUGUACUUGAGAUUCACCGCUUAUAGAGUCAACUCGGUCAAGCUGAUCACUACCCCGACAUCGAGUUUGCAAAUCAUCCAGAUACCGACCCCGCUUGUCUUCCCCGUUUGGCUCCCCGCGAGCCACAUUAGACUCAACUACUCCUUUCUGAACAUCAAGAGCUGGACCGGAGCAACCCACCCUUUUACCAUUGCGUCGACUUAUGAAGACGCAAGCCCUAUCCUCACGUUGAUCACGAGAAAGACCCAGUUCGAAUUUAACCCACUGCUGGCCUACCUCCUAUCUGGGCCUUAUCCUGCACUACCUGCGCCAUUUUUCAGCGAUUUGCAGAUGUGCAACAUUAUAUGUGGAGGCUCGGGGAUCUCGUUUGCGUUGCCAAUCUUUCAAUAUUUGAAAGUCCACUCCCCUAAAGUUCCAGUGCAGAUGGUUUGGUGCGUGCGCAAUUCGUCUGACCUUUUCAUCAGGAACCAUCUCGAUAUGGAAGAGGUAGAAGUAUAUGUCACCGGGGUCAAUGAUCAAAUCACGACACCAGAGUUUGUCAUUAGCGAUGAGCACGAGGAAAACCAUGGGCUUCUUGGCGGGGACGAAAUAGAACUACGUAGCAUGAAAAGUGGCAAUGGCGACAAUAGAGAUGGAGAUGGAGACAAUGCAGAAAUCGACCUUGACACCGAGGGUAAGAGUAUCGACGAACGCAAACUUUGUUGUCGACAAGGACGACCCAAGUUGCACGAGGCGUUUGCUAUAAACAACAACGUCACUUACGAUGUGAGGCAUAGCUGGGUGCUAGCCUGUGGACCAGACGGACUCAUCAAGGAUGCUCAGAUUUGGGCAAAAGACCAUGGUUUCAACUUUUUCUCAGAAAAGUAUGAGAUGUAA